UUUACAUAUUUAUUUUGUGCACAUUUAGUGUAUUUAUUUUGCUUAAUAUUACAAAAGUCCUGCAUAUGCCAAGCUAAUAAAAUAUUUAUAUGCACUCUCACAUAUACAUAUGUAUGUACGUCGUCUAAUUUUGCGAAUACAUUUGCAGUAAAACAUACGCAUUUAAGUAUGUGUAGAUAACAUAUACGGCACUAACGUAUGCAGAUGUAUUAUAUUGGCAGAGUCUAAACAAAUAAAUCGUAAAAAUCUUAGAUAACAGGAAAUAAAACCGUGCGCCAUCGAAUGUUUGUGAAAUAUCUGCGUCGCUGAUUUGUUUGAUCUGGAAUUGACACUCGCCCUUGUUGCGUGUACAGCACUCCUGCUGUGAUUGGCAAGCUCUCUUCGGGUAUAAAAACGAUAGCAAAUCCUCAUAGUUCAUCAGUUGUUAUCUGCAAUCCUUCGUGGCAUUUUCAUCGUUCAAUCAUUCAAUUGCAAAACCGUUAAAUUAAAAUACUAAAAAAUGGUUAAGCUUAUGUGUCUUGCCUUCACUCUGAUUUUGAGUGCAGUGGUAUUUUCAUCUCAGGCGUUGCCCACUCCCGAUGAGGACCGUUACAUGGAUAAAGAAUACAACCGUGAGCUUUUGAAUUGGCUAAACUCUAUGCAAUACCCACAGCCUUAUGCAGCCCCUUGCAAAUACUAUCCGGUCAAUAGUUUCACUGGACCUGUGCCAAAAAGAAACUCGGAGUUGAUCAAUUCAUUACUCAGCCUGCCAAAGAGCAUGAACGAGGCCGGAAAAUAAAUUAUUUUUGAUGUACAAAAGGAAUUCUACUAAAUUAAUCUGUUUUAUAAUCAAAAAUAUAUAGGUAUAUACAUACAUUUCGAAAGAACACGCAAUGUGAGAGGUUAGGUAUUUCUGAUACAAAUGCAUAAUUAUAUUAACGAAUCAUAAACGAAUACUCUGCUGUAUACAAAUUAUGUAAAAAUGUAAUGCUCUUGACAUGCACCAACGUGCAUAAGGAUGCUUAAAUAACAAUGUUGAUUAAUUAUAUCGUUAUAAAUGACUAAAUAAAAAUAAUAUAAACAAAUUAUAAGUAAACAA